AUGGGAGUCUGCUGCUCGGUCGCCAACGCCAACGGCAGCGCAGCGUCGGCGACGGACGGCGCGGCUGGUGCGCCAUCGGUUGAGAUGGGGUCGGCCAUGGGGGCGGCGCGGUCGCGGGGGGAUGUGGUGUUGGAGGAGUUUGUGCAUCAGGAUGCCAUUACUCGCGUGGUGGUGACAUCGGGUGGCCAUCGGCUGCUGGUGGCUGACGAAGCUGGUGUAGGUCGUGUGUGUCGCUUGCUGCCUGCUCAAGGGCCGAUGUACGGCGCUCACUCGGCCACUGGGUCUUCUCGGCUACAGGUGCUGGCUGUGUGGAAUUUAGACAAGGCUCAGGGGCCAGGUUUCGAGCUGUCUUUACAAGCUGCUAGCCGAGGAAUCACUGAUUUGGCGCUGGCGCCCCACGGUGACCUGGUCGCGCUCACGGCGCGCUCCGGGGAGCUGGUCCUGGUCAGCCUUCCCACGGAUCAACAGCCGACUGUCCUGCACACCCUCAAAGGUUCCAAUAAGACGGCCUUGGCUGCGGUGACCUUUGUGCCCGUCUCCGACGGUCUCAUGAUUGUGACGGGUAGCCGCGAUGGGUGGAUGGGUGGAUGGCAAGUCAGCAAUUCCACGGCGGCGCCCACUCAAGUCUGGGAAGAACACAUCAACCGCAACGUCGUGACGGCAUUGCUCGGUUUGGAUGCAGGCCUCUGCUUGCAAACCAGCGAAGACAAGCUUUUGCGCUGCUGGGAUGUUCGUACUGGUGCUUGCGUGCGCACAUCUCCUCGUCAAGCAGCCCUUCAGACAUGCAUGGCGCGCGCUGGUGCAUCUUUUGUCGUCGGCCAGUCAGCCUCGGCCACGGGCCAAGCCUCACUGCAGAUAUGGUCGCCAGAGCUUCAGCUUCUCCAAACAUUUGCUCUCGACGUCCAUACGGUGGCGGCCGUAGCAGUUCAAGGGCAACUGGCCCUUGCACUCGGACGCAAUGGUACCAUCGUCGCACUUGACAUACAAACGGGGGUCGAGCGCUAUCGCACCGCGGUGGGUGCUGGUGUCAGAAGCUUGGCUCUCUGGAUGCCAACCCCCAGUACGCCCGCGCUUCGGCUCGUCGUGGGUCAGGAGGGCCGCGUGCGUAUCAAGUAUCCCAACUUGAGGCUGUAA